AUGAAACAUAAAUACUUAGUCACAUUUUAUAGAAAUUGUGCCAGUUGGGUAGCUACGACUCACAGACCAGCAACACUGUCAACAAAAUUCAUUAAGACAUUUAAUGAAUAUUAUACAAAAAUGAUAGACAAAUCAAUAGAAAAUAACAAAUAUAUUGAUCACCCACUUACAAAAGACCGAAUUAAAAAGAUGUGUGAACAUUUUGUACUCUCAAAAUUUCCACUGCAAGGAGAAUUUUUAAUCUAUGCUUACGAAUCGUUAGAAGAACCUGAAAAUAUAACAGAUGAGAUGUUGCAGCAGGCUUAUUGCUUAGCCUGUGUCUCAGAAACGUUUCAGUCCUAUUAUUUGAUACAGGAUGAUGUGUAUGAUAACAGUAAAAUGCGCUCAGGAGUAUCCAGCUGGCACUUGCAGCCUGGUGCUAGUGCUAUGGCGAUGAACGACACGUGUAUUUUGCGAAGUUUCGUCAGUGAAAUCCUGAGACAAAAUAUUAAGGAAACGUUUUAUACGAAAGUUAUAGACACUUUUAAUGAGAAUGACUUUACGGAGUGUUUCGACGUCGGUGAGUCAAUGAGUAAAAAAUCCACUAACGACAUUGAAAAUAAUAAACUAUCGUGGACGGCUGUAGUCGCAUUACAGCACUUCAAUACCGAGCAAAGAAAUAUUUUUAACGAAUGUUAUGGAAUCCCAAAUCCAGAAAAAAUUAAGCGAAUUAUACAACUGUACGAAGAAGUAAAUUUGCGGCAGCUGUUUAAAGAAGAGGAGAAUGCUCGCUAUAACAAUUUUCUACGAAAAGUUCAAAAUUUACCGGCGACUGCUACACCUGCUCCAGAUUUUUUUAUGAAGAUUUUUAACUACUUUAAAAGUUACGCCAGUGAUUCGUCUAGAUUUUACUACGCUUAA